AUGGUAUCCCGCAUCUUCGAACGAUUCGGCUACGAUAACGUCCGCCAAAUCGAGCACAUGAUGAUUCACAUCCCGGCUACUGGAGGUUUCUUGGUAGGCGGGCAUCGGGAACCGGACGUUGAGAUCGUCAAGUUGGUGCGAGACCACUGCGCGAAUGUGAAGAAUAUCACGAUCUCUCCUUAUAUCUGGAGGGCACUGCAGCCAGAUCGCGAUGCGGAUGAUCCAGAGCAGGAUAUCGAGGAGAAUGUGGCGAAGGUCAAUACUCUUUUGAGAUCUAUUCCGUCGCUGCGGGGGAUUUUUGUUAGGAUUGUUCCAAGGAGUCAUGCUCGUCGUCCAACGUGGAAUGAGUAUUUGGGGUUUAUGGAAAAAGAGGUAGAGAGGGUUGGGUGGGAGUUUGAGGAGAAGGACAUGGGGGAUUAG